GAGAGAAUCCAUCAUGGUUGAUGCAGCUCUAAUCAGUGGCCUUCUUUCAAACUUGGCACCUCUGAUGAAGGAUGAAUUCUCGUUGUUUAGGAAUUUUAAGAAGGAGGUUCAAAAGCUAUCGAGCACCCUAUCUUCAAUUAGUUCUGUACUUGAGGAUGCUGAGAGAAGGAAUGUGCAGGAGAAGGACAAACAAACGGAAGAUUGGUUGCGGAAACUCAAAGAUGUGGCGUAUGAGGUUCGAGACAUCAUGGAUGAGUGCACCUUUGAAGAUCUUCGUCUUCAAGUCAAAAGGCUUAAUGCCUCCUCUUCAACCCGAAUCAAGGUAAUCAGCUCAAUAACCCAUCCUUUUAGUAGUACUUGGACACGUCUAAAAGUUGGUCACAAAAUUAAGGAUGUUCAAGAAAAACUGGACCAAAUUUCUUCAGCACGCCAAAAGUUACAUUUGCGUGAAUCUAUUCAUGACUCAAAAUUAAACAAGUUUACUAGUAGUUGGCGUGAAACCAUGUCUCUUUCUAGUUGUAAUCAAGUAUAUGGGAGAGAUGAGGAGAAGAAAAAGAUUGUUGAUAUUCUAGUCAAUACAUCUAAUGUUAGUGUUGCUAAAAAGCUAUCUGUUCUGCCCAUUGUUGGAAUUGGGGGUAUUGGUAAAACAACACUUGCCCAAAUAGUCUUCAAUGACGAGGAGAUUGUUAAGCAUUUUGAAACCAAAAUCUGGGUUUGUGUUUCUGAUGAAUUUGAUAUUAAAUUGGUGAUCAAAGCCAUCAUAGGAGCAACAAAUGAAAUUUCCUUAGAUAUAUUGCAGAAAAUGAUUCAAGAUAAAUUGAAAGGGAAAAGAUAUUUGAUUGUAUUAGAUGAUGUUUGGAAUGAAAACGUUGAUGCAUGGGAUCAGUUGAGAUCUAUUUUGGAUUGUGGAUCAAAGGGUGCAUUCGUCCUUACAACGACACGUAAAAGAAAUGUGGCGGAAAUCAUGAAAACGAUUCAACAUUUUCAAUUAUCAUUGCUCUCUAACGAUGAUUGUUGGCUACUCUUUGCAGAGCGUGCAUUUAUGUGUGGAACACCAAAAACUCCAAACUUUGUUGAUAUUGGAAAAAGAAUAGCUAUAAAAUGUAAGGGUGUUCCCUUAGUUGCCAAGACAUUGGGAAGUCAAUUGGGGUUCAAUGAUGACGAAAAGGAAUGGUGCAGAAUAAGAGAUAGUGAGAUAUGGGAGAUUUCACAAAAUGAAAAUUCGAUCUUAUCUAUUCUAAAAUUGAGUUACUAUGAUCUCCCUUAUCAUUUGAGAAGAUGUUUUGUGUUUUGUGCUAUAUUUAUAAAGGACGCUGAAAUUGAAAAGAAGAGAUUAAUUCAAUUGUGGAUGGCCCAUGAUUUAAUUCCUACGGUUAAAAACCAAACAAUUGAAGAUACUGGGAAUACAAUUUGGAAGGAGUUGUGUUGGAGAUCAUUUUUUCAAGACGAGAAAUUAGAUUGGUCUGGAAAUGAAAUAUGUAAGAUACAUGAUCUUAUGCAUGAUCUUUCUAAAUCUGUCAUGAAAGAUGAAUGUUAUACAUUGGACGCUAAUAGCUCAAGUGAUGGUACAAGACGAGAAAUUCGUCAUGUAAUGGUAAUGGUUAAUGAAUCUUUCAAAACAUCAGUUCAUGCUCUUAAUGAAAUUGGAGGGUUGCAAUCAAUGAUUCUCAAUGGCAGAGAUGUUGAUGGAAAUGUCACAAAGCAGAUUUUGUUGAGUGUCUGGAAGGAAUUUCCGGCUUUACGUGUCCUUGAACUAAGAUGCGAUGCACAAUAUUUGUGUUAUAUGGGAUGUCUAAGACAUCUUAGAUACUUAGACAUUUCUGAUAAUAUUAUGAUAACAACGUUGCCUGAUAGUAUAUGUGAUCUUUUGAACUUACAAACUCUGAAGCUCAAUUAUUGUCUUCAGCUUGAAAGUUUGCCAAGAAAUACGAGAGACCUUAUUAACUUGAGACAUCUUUAUUUGGAGGGUUGUUGUAGUUUAAAAUAUAUGCCUAGAGGGAUGGAGCAAUUGAAACAUUUGAAGACAUUAAGCUGGUUUGUGAUAGGCAAGAAGGAGAGAUACUGUCAACUCGAUGAAUUAAAAGAUUUGGAUAUCGGCGGAUCAUUGACAAUUAAAAAUCUUGGAAGAGUUAGUGAUGCAUCUAUGGAAAGGGGAUAA